AGUUUCGAGUUUACAGGAUCGAUGAAAGAGAGUAAAUGAAAGGAAGAAGGAAACAAGAAGAAGGGUAUUGCGCCGUUGAGAGCAGUGAAAUGGAGUUCUUGUUUCCGCAUAACAUUUUCCUUUCCUUGAAAAAGUUCGAAAGUAGGCGAAGUGGCGCGUAAGGAUAAUGCCAUCGCAUAUGCGAUGGAACAUCGAUAACGAUAAACGAAAAACCAUCGGCAGUGGCGGCAGCACAAACAAUAGUGUAUCGCAAAAUCGACGACGUCAAAGUACGAAAUCGAAGAUGGAAUCGAAACCGGAGGGAAAUAAAGACAAGAAUACAUUCCAGAGUUAUCUUUGUCAGGCAAUUUCUCCGAUAUAUUACCUCGGUAAAGCGUGCGGUUUGAUCCCUGUUAGAUUCGUCGCAAAUGUCACUGGAGGAUAUCGAGCUCGUCUAAGCAUCCUUGACCUCUUCUACAGCUUGUGCGUGUUAAUGUUGCUCCUCAGCGCAGAAAUUUGGGGUCUAUGGAGAGAUUUGAAAGACGGCUGGAAACACAGCACAAGAUUAAAAUUUCGCACAGCCAUAAUCGCGACGUGCAGCGACGUUCUCGGAAUAAUGAGUUUAACCGUGGUGUGCAUCGUUGGCUCGCCUUUUCGUUGGAAAAAGCUGCAAGUAGUCCUCAACAAAUUAAUCGAGGUGGAUGAGAAAAUCGAUCUGUCCCCGACAAAGAAAAACGCUCGUAGAUUUACAAUCGUCUUAACCGCGUGCAGUCUUUUUUUCCUCUGGUUCAAUUCGACUUUAGACUUCUACACGUGGGAUCGAAAAACAAGGGUGCAGGAAACUAUGUCCGAUAAAGGACCUCUCAACUACGCAUCGCUAUAUUUUAUGUACACUGUUAUCAUUAUGACGGAGAUUCAAUAUACCGUCUCAACCUACAAUAUUGGGCUAAGAUUUGUUCGGUUGAACAACGCUCUUCUAAACUUGUCCGAUAACUUUCGCGUCACCGAUCACUUUGGAAAAUCAACUGAAACAGUAGUCGACAAAGUUCGCGACAAAACGUCGGCCGACUUACGAUCUCAGAGACAAUUCGAGUUAACCAGCUAUCAAAUCUUUCGAAAAUUACCAGAUAACAGCAACUACGUGAAGCGUAUAUCUGAACUGAGAUUGAUUCAUUCUUCGCUCUGCGACACGGUCUCUGUCAUAAACGAUACAUUCGGUACUGUCAUACUGGCAGUCACCGUAACGUGCCUCUUACACCUGAUCAUCACCCCGUAUUUCUUGAUCAUACAAGCUGGUGAGAAACACGAAUGGAUAUUUUUAUUCGUUCAAGGUGGGUGGUGCAUCUUCCACGUAGCCAGAAUGCUGAUGAUUGUUCAACCUAGUUAUUAUGCCGUCGCAGAGGGAAAAAAGACGGCUAUUCUGGUCAGUCGAUUACUCUCCUCUAGUUUCGAGACCGAAGUUCGACGGGAAUUGGAAAUAUUUUCGCUUCAAUUGUUACAUCGACCUCUCGAGUUUUCAGCUUGUGGACUUUUUCCUGUAGACAGGACUCUGAUAACGUCGAUCGCGGGGGUCGUUACAACCUAUCUCGUUAUAUUGAUACAAUUCCAAAAUGCGGACGACACGAAAGGCGACGUUGAUAUUAUAAGAAAUGUAACAAAAAUAUUUCAAAAUGCAACACAACUUCAGAAUCUUACGGGAAUAAAAAUAGCAUGACUUUCUCAAAAGCGAGCGAACGAAUAAAAAAGAAAAAACAGUACUCGAAAACGCGUACAGACAAAAAUAAAUAAAAAGAGAGAAAGAAAAAAAGAGAGAGAGAGAGAGAGUGCAUCACAUAUGAUAAUGACAUUUAAUAUACCAAUUCUCGUAAACA